GGCAUGUUUAAAUUGGCAGCCGGACCAAAAUCUAAGCGCUCGUCUCUCUCUCACUCUCUCUCCUCUGUCUAUAUAAAUACGGGGGCUGUUGAUGCUUCAGUGAAGUUCAGUCGCUGACGAGAGUUGUCGUCGUCAGCCGAAAGCUGCCUCCCCUCGCUCUGCUUCGAUUAUACACUCGGGUGUGUUCGUUUAAUCUUCAGCUGGCAUCACCAAUCGAGGCUUGUCAGUAGUUCGUGGAGGAUCUGUACAUUCUGAGAUCAGUUUUGGUUCGAAUUCUAGUUUAGUCAUCUGGAAUUUGAGGUUUGGACAAAGUAGGGUUUUGGUCGGGAGCUGUCUGAGUCUCGCGCCUCUCCUCUUGCUGUCCGUUGAGAGACGGAAUCGUCUGGAUUUGUUUUGGUUCCGGCUGGUUUAGGGUUUAGGUUUCUGCUUAGAACAGACGGAGAGGAUAGCGUUUGGGAUGUCUAUUCUUUAUUUGUUCAAGCUUUUUGAUCUGCCCCUAAUCGAAACGUUGCUCUCUCCCUGAUUUCUUCUGAUCUUGGAACCUCAGAAUUGGAGCUUCUGUAGUAUGCUCUGUAGUGAAAUUCCUCUGUUCUAGGGUUUUCUUUGAUUGGAUUGAAUCUCGGCCAUGGCCUCGUAUAGGCCCUUUCCCCCACAAUCCUCAUUUGGUCCGCCACCAAGCCAAAAUCCACUUCCGCCGCCACCGCCAACAAUUUCCCAGCCGCAGGCAGGUACGCAAUAUUCACAGAAUUGGGGUUACGGUGGUGGUGGUGGAGGUGGUAGUGACGUGCCUAUGCCAUCAGCUGCUUCCGCUGCUUUCCCUCAAAACUACAGCCAAAUGCACCCGAAUUCUAAUUAUCCCCACCAACCUUACAAUCCUUCAAGACCUCAACACCCCCCUCCUCCCCAUUACCCUUACCAGCCACCUCCACCGCCUCCACCGCCAGAUUCUUCAUAUCCACCGCCCCCGCCACCACCACCUCCUCAGAAUGCAGCGAGCUUACAGCCUCCUCCACAACCACAACAGCCUCCUAUAUACUACCCAUCAUCUUCGCAAUAUACUCAGUACAAUCCUGCAUCAAUGCAAUCAUUGCAACCACCGCUGCCUCCGCCUCCGCCUCCCCCAUCGUCUCCUCCUAGUUCUGCAAUUCCACCACCACCCCCAAGUUCGCCUCCUCCUCCUCCUCCUCCUCAGAGUAAAGAAAGUUUAGGCUCUGAUAGGAAAUCCCUUGAGCGCAAUCAAGGUGCUUCGAGAGAUCAUGAACCUGGUAAAUAUGAUCGUGUGUUUUCUGUUAAACCACAUAAACUCCCCACCCCAAUGGUGAAAAAACCGAAUGGGAAUUCGGGGAGGGUGGAGACUGAAGAAGAUAGGAGGUUGAGAAAGAAGAAGGAGUAUGAGAAGCAAAAGCAGGAGGAGAAACACAGGCAGCAGAUGAAGGAGUCACAAAAUUCGAUAUUACAGAAGACCCAUAUGUUGUCUUCAGGAAAGGGACACGGAUCAAUUGUCGGUUCUAGAAUGGGGGAUAGGAAAGCAACGCCAUUCUUGACUGGUGAGAGGUCUGAGAAUAGGUUGAAGAAGCCGACCACUUUUUUGUGCAAGUUGAAGUUUCGUAAUGAGCUUCCAGAUCCAAGUGCUCAACCAAAACUUAUGGCUUUCAAGAAAGACAAGGAUCGCUUUACUAAAUACACUAUUACAUCUCUGGAGAAAAGUUGGAAGCCCGAGCUUCAUGUUGAGCCUGAUCUUGGCAUACCUCUCGACCUGCUGGACCUGAAUAUAUACAAUCCUCCAAGUAUUCGCAAACCCCUUGAUCCAGAGGACGAAGAAUUACUGCGUGAUGAUGAAGUGGUGACACCAAUAAAGAAAGAUGGGAUAAGAAGGAAAGAACGACCUACCGAUAAAGGUGUUUCUUGGCUAGUUAAAACACAGUACAUAUCUCCUCUCAGUUUGGAUUCAGCAAAACAGUCUUUAACUGAGAAACAAGCAAAAGAAUUGCGUGAAUUGAAGGGAGGUCGCAACAUUUUGGAGAAUCUCAAUGACAGGGAAAGACGAAUUAAGGAAAUCGAGGCAUCAUUUGAGGCAGCUAAGUUAGACCCUGUUCAUGCAACUAAUAAGAACUUAUAUCCAGUUGAAGUUCUGCCUCUUUUACCUGAUUUCAAUCGGUACGAUGAUCAAUUUAUUGUCGCAUCAUUUGAUAAUGAUCCCACAGCUGAUUCAGAAAUUUACAGCAAGUUGGAACAAUCUGCCCGCGAUGAAUAUGAAGCAAAGGCUAUUAUGAAAAGUUAUGAGGCCAUAGGCUCUGAUCCAUCAAAACCGGAAAAAUUCUUGGCCUACAUGGUCCCUUCUGCAGAUGAAAUAUCGAAGGAUAUGUAUGAUGAGGACGAAGAAAUUGGCUACUCUUGGCUUCGGGAAUACCAAUGGGAUUUUGUUCGAGGUGGCAAUGAUGCAGAGGAGCCCAGCACAUACCUGGUGUCAUUUGAUGACGGUGAAGCACGCUAUGUGCCUCUUCCCAAAAAGCUGAAUUUGAGGAAGAAGAGAGCAGAGGGAAGAUCUGGUGAUGAAGUCGAACAUUUUGCAAGACCUGCUAGUGUUACCGUGAGGCGCAGACCAACACCUGCUACUAUCGAGUUGAAAGAACCAGGGGUCUACUCAAAUUCAAAGAAGAGUGCUUCUACUUCUAACUUGGGGGCCUUCGAAGACGAUGAAGACGAUCUUGGAUCACCUGAGAGGGUCACACAGGACGAGCAUAUGGAGCGGUCUAGUGGAGCCGAAGAUGACAUGUCUGAGUGAGCAGGCUGGCUGGCAGAAGUAACCUUCGAAUGUGCAGUUUUAGCACCCUGCUCCAUACAGUGUACUGAGUUUGCUUUUUCAUUAAGAUAGGUUUUUCCUUGAUUACCCUAAUGCUAGAGGGAAGCUGUGCAAAAAGAUAAAGAUACAAUAAUGUUACUUUGCAAAUUGUAGUUAGCAAAUGCCAAUCUUCAUAAUGGCGAAUGGGUCUUCUUUUCAUCUUCA